AUGACCACUCUCCUCCGCCGAGUAACGGACAAGUUCACCCCCAACGCCUCCUCCACCGAUCUGACCGCCCUCAAACCCCGCCCAGAUGGCUUCUCCACCGCCAAAGGCGCCGAUGCCCUCUUCCUACGGACCAAACCCGAAGUAGACGGCGAAGAAUGCCUCCACGACUGCGAGACCUGCACGAUACACCUUCCCCGCGGUUUCAAAAUCGACGAGGACGAUGCGCUGUUCGGGCAGAUCAAGGGGUUUAGUCGGCAUCUGAUCGUCGCGACGGGGAAGACGGAUUGGGUGAGGGAUGUGGCGGACGAGAAGGGGAGUGUGAUGGAGGCCGUGGAGGGGAAUGACAAAGAGGUGCAGGGCGGGAGGUUGAUGUUGAGCGCGAGCAAUAUGGACUUGCCUGAUCACGACGACUUGCAUCCGUAUGGGAAGGAUAGGCCGACGACUGUGCUACUCAUGCCAGCGUUUCAGUUUAUUGACAAUGUUACCCCUACCAAGGUGCCGGAGCUGAUACGGGGGAUUGUUAACAAGACGCCUACGAACACUACGCCGUUUCCUCACGAGACCUCGCCUUCAGAUGCUCCGCUCAGCUCUUCGGACCUCCCUGCAGAACUCUCCCUCCGACCUUGUCACCACAAAUACGUCAUCCUCAUGUGCUCACAGGCUACCCGCGACGCACGCUGUGGCCAAUCCGCUCCUUUGCUCCGGCGCGAACUGGAACGGCAUCUACGUCCCUUAGGCUUGUACCGAGACAGCGACGACACGCGACCAGGUGGCGUGGGGAUCUACUUCAUCUCGCAUGUCGGGGGCCACAAGUACAGUGCUAAUAUGAUGGUGUACCGGAGAGGAGAGCCCGGGAGGACAGGGACGGAGUUGAUGCAGGGCGAGAAUGGAACGGCGGUGGGUGGCGAGCAGAAGGCGGCGGGCGAGGCGGAGGCGGCGCAGUGUAUAUGGCUUGCACGGGUGAGGCCGGAGGAUUGUGAGAAUAUCGUACGGUUUACGGUUCUGCAAGGGAAGGUCGUAAAGCCUGAAAGGCAGCUGAGGGGUGGGUUCGACAGGGAGAAGGGGGUGGUGAGUUGGUAG